AUGGACUAUGGAGCAACAUUGGUGACUAUAAAGAAUGCUAAUGACAACCACGCAGUCUCCACUAUCGCGGGUACCUCUGUUGCACUUUUAUGGAUGGGAUUGUACUGUUUCGAUAGUGAUCCUUCGAAAUGUCUAUGGGAUGAUUCCACAGGAUCCGCUGAUAUGUAUAACAGUUUUGCUGCUGGUUUCCCACAAAUCGCCGUCGGUAAAUGUGUGUAUUACUCGGUGCAGGGAGCUCUAGCAGGAAAAUGGUUGAGUGGAGACUGUGAAAAAGAGACGAAAGCUUACAUAUGCGAGCUGCCAAUCACACGUGCAGAUGACUGCAAAUACAACUACAAUGGUCACUGCUACACUUUCCACGACGUUCCAACCGCAUUCGUUCAAGCUCAAGAAGCCUGCGAGAAGGACUGUGGAAACCUGGCAUCUGUGACAUCUGCUAACGAAAACCGGUACAUUGCCACAUUAUCCAAUCGCUUGUUUUCUGGAAAUUUCUAUAUCGGAGGCUUGUGGCCGUCUUCAAAUGUGUUCUAUUGGUUUGAUGGAUCCGCUUGGAACUACAACAACAUAGACCCCUCAUACUCUCAUAACGCAAAUUGUAUUGCAGUCUCUAACUCUAUCGCCAGUUCAGUGGCCUCUGGUCUUUGGUUCAGUAUCAAAUGUCACAUCCCUUACAGUUUUGUUUGUAAACGACCAGCUGGAACAAAGUGUAGUGGCAACCAGCCAAUCGCUCCGGUGACACCAGUCCCUCCAACUCAAUCCUUCUGCAACUCUUCACUUCUACUUUCACCUGGAGUCAUCACAUCUCCAAAUUUUCCAUUUAGUUAUGACAAUUCCGAAUUCUGCUCCUACCAACUCGCCACCCUUGGAUCCUAUAACGUUCUCCUCAGAUUCUCAGACUUUGCUACAGUGAAAGGAGUGGAUUUUGUGAAUGUUUACGACGGAGACUCAGUAGACAGUAAGCUUCUGGGGACCUACACGGGACAGUUCGAUGCAUUCAGUCUGGUGUCUUCUGGUAAUACAAUGCUUGUGACGUUCAAGAGUGGAUCAGGGAAGACGGCGCAGGGAUUCAGUGCGAGAUUCACUUCUUAUUCGUAUGGACGAUAA